UUCUUUCAUAAGUGUCAAAUAAAAUAAAUACGUCAUGUCAAACUGCAUGGCUUAUUUUAUUCGUUUUUUUCACGAUGUUUUUGUGAUCUUUCCUAAUCUAUUUAGAUAAACUAGUCUGUUAUUGUAGUACGGUAAUUUUCUUUUUAUUCAUACUUCAUUCAAUGUUUGAUUGAUAGAAUUGGUUACUACUACUGCUAGAUAAUGGAUUCGUCGUCAAUAGUCAGUUUUAACAAUGAUUCUACUUUCCAAACCACUUUAAAAGGAGAUUGUAAUAAUAUUAGCGUUCAUGAAUUGGCUCUUCACGCUAUGAGAGAUCGAUGUCUUUUGCUUCAAAGAAGAAUAAACUCAUUAGAAUCUGACAAUAUGAGAUUAAAACUUGACGUGGUGAAAUCGACCGAGUGUACACCUUACAAUCCACUGAAAGAGGAUGAGAAACUUAUACUGCACCAAAAAAUUGCGGAGCUUAAUAAACAGAAAUCAACACUUAUGCAUCAUGUUUUUAUGGUUCAGUGUGAGAACAAAAACUUAUGGAACAAAAUAUCCACUAUAAAAGGACGUGAUAAGGUUUCCAACAAAGACAAACAACCUUUAGUACGUACUAAUACUUACAUUCACAGUACUCCAAAGGGCAGUGCAAAUUAUCAAGAAAAGUAUUCUGAGUCAAGUCUGGAGGAAAUAUCUUUAAAACUAAUAAACAGCUACAUUCAAGAGAAGUCACAGUUAGUUGACCAGUAUGAACAGAUGGCACAGCUUCAAGAUAUGGACGAUGAACUUUUGAAUGUAGAUUCCAUUGGCUUUACAUACAUUGAAGAUCCAGCUACAGACUCUUUGAAAGAAAUUCACGCUCAAACAGAAAAAUUACAGAAUUUAAAAAAGGAACUAGUGCAACAGGAAUCUGACUUAAAAUUGAUUGUUGCAAGAGUUGAAACUAUAAUGAGAGAUGGCUACAAAUGUCCUACGUGUAUUGCAAAUAAUGCAAAAGUUACAACAGAACACAAAGAAAUAGAAACAAGUGACAGCUUAGCUAAUUGGGCAACACCAGCAGAUUCCAGUACAUAUAAUAAUAAUUUUAGUGAAUUGAAUACAUCAGCAUUUAAAAAGAGUAUAAUAGAAGAAAGUGAGAAGGACAAUAAAGAUGAACCUAGCGAUAAAAUAUGUCCUAUGUGUGGACAAACAUUCCAAAAAGAUGUUGAGUUUGCUCAAUUUCAGGCCCAUGUUGAAAACCAUUUCUUAGGUGAAACUGAACCUGACUCCAUUACUGAUAAUUUUGAUCAUGUUCCUAAUUCUUUUGAUAAUAUUAUUUAAUUAUUUUUAUGUUUAAUGUAUCAUUUUUAUUAACUGCGACUUUGGGCUGUCAAUCUCUGAUCGAAACCCUGAUUCCAGUACAGUAUAAUAAUCUGAUAAAAUGUUUAUUUAGUAAAUAAGUGGUGUGCACCAUAUGAUGAUGCAUUUCACUUGGAUGAGGUUAAAGUUACAAUAUGAUUUUAUGUAUAAUUUGUAAGUAUUAAAACCUAAGUUCAAGAACUGUUGUACAUUCAUGAUUAGUGAGCUCUGCAACAGGAUUGAUCCACAAUACAACAAAGCAUGCUGAUUAAGAUAACUAUCACCAAAUCAAUACAAACUUUUUUGAUCACAACAUUCCAUACGAUUGAGCUUACAUAUAGGAUACAAGCUUUCCAAGCUUUUUUAAGAAACCUAUGUUUUUUGAUCUUUCAAUACUUGUGGAAGGGCUACAACAAACUUUUUACAGACAAUUAAAACUGUUAAAUAUUUGCUUUAUCUCUAGUACUAUCACUAUUUGUAGGGAAUUAUAAUAGCAACAAGGUAGUAAGAUGGUCUCAAUGUUUUGUAAGUUAGAACAUCAAAAGUUUACUGUGUAGCUGUCUUAUGGCCAGUUGGAGGCAGAUAAUUUUCAUUUAAAAAUUUAAUAUAGAAACUGCCUCCCUUUAGACAAAGGAGCACAGAAACCAGAUGUAAGACAUUUAAACAAGGAGAAUGAAAUUGUUUUUAUAUUUGUAAUUUAUGUUUUAUUUAUUAAAUUGAUAGCUCUUAAUACAACUACUUUACCACUA